AUGAGAGUUUCAGGGGUCGUCGUCCUCGGCUUCGGGUCUCUUACGGUUGGCCAAGAAGUAGCGUCAACUCCAUCAGCUUGCGCUCCAGUUGCGACCAAUGCAGCCUACCCGUCGAACUCCAAGCUGCCAGACCCUUUUCUUCAGUCGAGUGGCACGCGCCUGGGAACCAACGAUGCAUGGGCAUGCAAGCGAGCUGAGAUCCGCGCCGAGAUCCAGCAGUACGAGCUGGGACCCAAACCUCCCAAUCCGACGGUCACGGCUACGUAUUCGGGUGGAAACAUUGCCAUCACCUGCUCCGAAGGCGGCAAGUCGGUCUCCUUCUCGGUCUCGGUCGAGCUGCCAACGAGCGGCAAGGGACCAUUCCCAGCCAUCAUUGGUCUGGGCGCGCCAUCCAUCCCCGUUCCUGCGGGUGUCGCUGUCAUCAACUACAACAAUCAAGACAUUGCUGCCGACCUGCCACGAGCCUCAGGAAAAUUCUACACACUAUAUGGCUCUUCACACAGAGCUGGGGGCCUUAUCGCCUGGGCUUGGGGAGUAAGCCGCCUCAUUGAUGCGCUAGAAGCGCUCGGGUCAGCCGCCACUUCCAUCGACACGUCCCGUCUGGCUGUGACGGGAUGCUCGCGCAACGGCAAGGGAGCUCUCAUAUCCGGGGCCUUUGACGACCGCAUCGCCCUGACCAUCCCCCAAGAAGGCGGCUCGGGUGGGCCAGGAUGUUGGCGCAUCGCGGCGGAUAUGAAGAAGAACGGUACAAAGGUCGAGGAUGCGCCGCAGAUAGUGACGGGUGAUGGCUGGUUUGCCACCUCCUUUUCCGACUACGUGAAUAAGGUUGAUACGCUUCCCUACGAUCAUCACAUGCUCGAGGCGCUCGUGGCACCGCGCGCUCUCCUCGUAAUUGAAAAUUCGGGAAUUGACUACCUGGGUCCCAUCAGUACAUACGGAUGUUCGGUAGCAGGGAGUAUGGUCUUUGACGCCCUGGGAGUGAAAGACCACAUGGGGUUUUCACAGGCAUCCCACGGGACUUCGCAUUGUCAAAUGCCCAGUUCGCAAAAUCCCGAGGUGGCCGCUUUCUUCAACCGCUUUCUGCUUAACCAAACCUCGACGGCUACUGAUGUGUUGAAGACAGAUGGCAAGUUCAACUUUGUUGCUGGGCAGUGGAUUGAUUGGACGGCGGCGGCGCUAACUUGA